UAUUGUUAUUUAUUUUAUAUCAAUAAAAUCUGUAAAUUCAAAUUGUGUUAGAUUUAGUUUUAAAAUAAAAUAAAUAUGGUUGAUAGAGUUGUGAAAGCGUUCCCAUGUCGAAAUAAAAUUAUAAAUGAACUAUUUAAUUUAAUAGGAAAUCCCAAUGAAUCUUAUCCAGAAGCUUUGUUUUUAUAUGGAGAUUCAAGUACUGGGAAGACUAGUAUCUUGAAAAAAUUUCUUUCAAAUUCUGGAAGUAAAUAUAUAUUGGUGGAUUCUAUUGGAUGUUAUACAACAAAAAUUUUAUUCGAAAGUAUAUUGAAUGGAUUAAAAUACAAUGAUAACGAAAGAAAUGUUUUUUAUGAUAAGUGUGACAACAUGCAAGAGUUUAUUUGGGAGCUGAAAAACCUUAAAGGGAUUUUUUCAUAUAUCAUAUGUAUAGAUAAUUCCCAUAGACUAAGAGAUAUGGAAAUAAAUAUACUACCAGCUUUUUUCCGUUUACGUGAACUAACAGGCUUAAAUAUAUGUUGCAUAUUUUUAUCUCAAAUUCCCCUAGAAAAAUACUUUUUAAAAAUUGGUCUUCCAGAAAUCAUAAAAAUUCAUUUUGCUCAAUAUAGUAAAACCGAAAUCCAGAAAAUACUACUUAAUGAUUUUGUAAGUGUGAAAGCUUAUGUGGGCCAUAGAUUAAGCAGAAAUAUGCAAUUUGACAAAAAAUUACUUAAAGAUUUUUUUGAAAUUAUGGAUGAGAGCUUCUAUAAUGAUUAUUUAAACAUAUUUCUAAGUGUAUUUUACAGAUCUUGUCGAGAUUUAACUGAAUUGAAAUAUGUGUCCAGAAACGUAUUUGAAAUUUACUGCACUCCGAUUUUAAAAGGGGAAAUUAGAACUGAUGAUGUAUCUAAACUAUGGCGAUAUAUAUCAAAUCCUCUAAAAAAAGCUCUUGCCGUUGUAUAUACAAGAACCGAAACACUGGUGGACGGUUGUGAGCUUCUGCCAGAAAACUCUGAACUCGAAAAUGUUAAAUCUUUAGAGCUUCCCUUCUAUGCAAAAUAUUUAUUAAUAGCCGCUUUCUUAGCAAGUUAUAAUGCCGCCAAAGAAGAUAAGAAGCUUUUUGUUAAAAACAGUGAGAGAAAAAAAAAACGAUUGCAAACAUUAAAUGCAAAUGCAAAGGUAACUGAUAAAAUGUCUACAAUAUUGGGUCCAAAAUCGUUUUCAAUUGAUCGGUUGCUGGCCAUUUUUUAUGCAAUAUUAGAUGAAAAAGUUGGAUUGACAUGUAACCUGCUUACACAAAUAUCAACUUUAGUUCAGUUAAAAUUUUUAACAUACGUUAGUGGGGAAAACAAUAUAAUGGAUGGUUCAGCUCGAUUACAGUGUAUUGUCAGCUUAGAUUUUAUUUUUUAUAUUGGAAAAAUGGUUGGAUUUAAUGUAAAACAAUAUUUAUCUGAUUUCAUGUAAUAAAAUAGAAAAUUAAGAUAAAGUUAGAAAAAACUGUAUUAUCAAUUAAACAACUAUUACAAUGUAAUGAAAAUCUUAAAAGUAGUUAAAAAUUUUGGCUAAAUACUCUG